GCGCGGAGUCCCUGGCCCGGGGCGGCGUGCGCGUGCGUGCGUGCGUGGGCGCGCGUGCGCGGCUCCGCUGACUGUGGGUUGGCUGGUUAUUUUGCAAGCGGGAGGGGCUGUUCGCGCUCCUGCCUGCGGCCUCUGUUCCCCACCCCCCCCUUUCCCAGUCCUACUCUUCUUCGGAAAGAUGUCGGACACAGCAGUCGCUGACACUCGGCGCCUUAACUCGAAGCCUCAGGACCUGACGGACGCUUACGGGCCGCCAAGUAACUUCCUGGAGAUCGACAUCUUUAAUCCUCAGACAGUGGGCGUGGGCCGCGCGCGGUUCACCACCUAUGAGGUUCGCAUGCGGACAAACCUACCUAUAUUCAAGCUGAAGGAGUCCUGCGUACGGCGGCGUUACAGUGACUUUGAGUGGCUGAAAAAUGAGCUGGAGCGAGACAGUAAGAUUGUAGUACCACCACUGCCGGGGAAAGCCUUGAAGCGGCAGCUCCCUUUCCGAGGAGAUGAAGGGAUCUUUGAAGAAUCUUUCAUUGAAGAAAGGAGGCAGGGCCUUGAACAGUUUAUUAACAAAAUUGCUGGGCACCCACUGGCUCAGAACGAACGCUGUCUACACAUGUUCCUGCAGGAGGAGGCAAUUGACAGGAACUACGUCCCUGGGAAGGUGACCAGGAUGACAUCUAAAAGGAGAAAGAAAGCCAUAGCAACAAACAAAACACAUCUGCCUUUAGGGAAAUUUCUACUUGGCUCUAGAUUCCAGACUUUGAUCUUUUCAUUCUACUUAAAUUUUAUUAGUACUUACUUAUGCCAGGUAUUUUGUGAAACUUUGGGAUAAGAAGUUGGGUAAGAUUUAGUCACUGUCCAGGAGGAGUUCAUAAUUUUGUGGUAGAACACAAGCAUAUAAAUAAAUAGUUACCAUAUUUUAAAGUUUAAGCAAUAGAAUAGAGAAAAACAGUGAGAGCCUAAAAGUGUCAGAAAGAAAUCCUCAUGGAAAAGGUAGGUAUUUGAGCUGAAUAUUGAAGCAUAAAAGUUUACUAGGCAGAGAUUAGAGAGAACAAAAUGAGUAAGAGCAGAGGGGGUAAAAGAACAUGGACUAUUUGGGGGCCAUCAGAAAGUUCUCUCUAAUUAGUAUGGUACAUUUAUGAUGACAAAAUCAGAAAGAUACGAUGGGACUUUCCCUAUGGAGUUUGGAGUUUAUCAUGUAGGCCAGUGUUUUCUAAACUUCACUUAAUCAUAUUCUACCUUCACUAUUUUAAAUUCUUAAAUUUAGACAAUAGGUCGGGUAGGGUGGCUCACGCCUGUAAUCUUAGCACCCUGGGAGGCCAAGAUGGGUAGAUUGCCUUGAGCUCAGGAGUUCAAGACCACCCUGAGCAAAAGCGAGACCCUGUCUCCACUAAAAAUAGAAAACUGUUGUGUUGUGGUGAGUACCUAUAGUCCCAGCUACUCAGGAGGCUGAGACAAGAGGAUUGCUUGAGCCCAAGAGUUUGAGGUUGCUGUGAGCUAUGAUGCUACAGUACUCAACUGGGGGCAACAAAGUGAGUUUCUGUUCCCCCCCCACCAAAAAAAGAUAAUAAUACAUGUAUCUUUGAAGUCAUAAAUUUUAUUUUAUAUUUUCUUAUAUUUUAUAUUUUCUU